UUCCUGGCAGCUCUUGGAGCAGCAGCCACUGCGGGCACCCCGAGCAUCAGGGAUAGUUUGCCACACCCGGUCCACGUGUACGAGGGUGAUGACGCUCUCAUUACGUGUGUGGUGCGGGACAUCGGGGAGAACACGGUCAUGUGGAAGAAAGAGGACCGUGAGAGACAUAGUCGACGGGUGUUGACCGCCGGGGAGAACCGAGUCACCGCCGACAGGCGCUUCAACGUUCUGCAUGACGCAGUUUCGCCGGGUGACCAGGAUGAUGAGGCAAUGUCAGGUGGUGAUGUAUGGGUCCUGGUGAUCAAGGAUGCUAAACCCAGUGACUCUGGUAUCUACGUAUGUGAAGUCAAUAGCAGCCCAAUACUGAGGUCGUUCCACAAACUCAGUGUGUUGUCCAGGGUGCUGCUUCCACCAGACAACAUGACUGACCCCAUGCUGUAUGACAGCCAGAAGGGCCCACAGGGACGCAGUCACAACUACACUGAUUGCUGUGUAAAUAGCAAUGUAUCGUCUUCAUGCUUUGGCUUUUGCAACAUUCAGAGUAUUUUGGAAGGCAAUACAGGUCAAGACCCUGAAAACUGCGAAAAGGACUUUCCAGCAAUUGUUAGGUGCAUGGCAGAUGGAAGGAAUCAUGUACCAUGCUGUAUCCAGGAAGCAGUGCCCGACAUUUGCCAAGAUGUUUGUCGCGGAGAGUACACUGUGAUCACCGACAACAUCAAGACUCACUUCUCGUGUUCGGCUUACACGGAACAGACACUUUCCUGUAUAGUAGAGGGCAUAGAAAUUCUUCCUAGUCCACCAGAAAAUGUAGAAGUUGAAGGACUGACUGAGAAGGCGCUGAAAGUGUCAUGGACCCAUCCAUUGCAGAACCCAGAGACUGUCUCCAAAUAUGUUGUGAAUGUGACAAUGCUGAGAUCAUUUGAUGAGGACACAGAACUUCCAGAUGACAGCUACGCUGCAGCCACCGACAGUUAUGUCCUAGCUGCCGGACUCUACAACGCGACCGCGAAGCCUACGACCAGCACGCUAAGUCCACAAGAGGACAGAAGCACCCUGAUAAAGAUUCCAGGAAAGUACAACACUACCAUAGUGAAUACUCUGAAACCAUAUACAAUGUACGAGUUGUCUGUGACCGCCCUCAACAUCCAUGGAAGCAGUUUACCAUCAUAUUCUGUAAGGACGCUGACCCUGACGCCCGGACAAACGAAGCCCAAUUCUGUGGCUCAGGUUCCAGAACUUCCAGACAUCAAAACGUGCUGCACCAAGAAGGGCAUCUCUCAUCCAACGUGUGUGGAAAAGCUGUGUGAUCCAGCUCUGUCAGAUAUAGCCGAGGUGACAGAUCUCAUGAUCUGUGCUCCGUGGGCUGCGGCAACAUUCUCGUGCCUCACAAAUGGUGUAGACCACACAUCAUGCUGUCAAGCUCGUGGCCUGCCUGACCUGUGUCAGGAACUUUGCACUGGCAAUAUCACUCAGCUUGACUUCAGCUACUUUAAGUGCUUGAAGUACAUGAGUGACUACACUAACUGCUUGCUUCAAGGAUAUGGUGUGUUGCCAAGUGCACCCACGAAGGUUCAUGUGUCCCACAUUGAUAUUGAAUUUUCAAUCAUCAAUUGGGACAUCCCCAGUACUCUGGGUGACACCGUGCUGUAUUACAAUGUUCACUAUCGCAAGAUGGCAACUUAUGACAAUGAAUACCACAUCAUCAGCAAGGUUCAUUCUCCAUUUAUUCUUGAGAAUCUCUCCAGCAACACAGAUUAUGAAGUAUUUGUCGAAGCUGUCAAUGGCCAUGGUGUUGGGGAACCUUCAACAAGAGUGAUCUUCAGAACAGAGAGUAAGCUAGUGGAGGAGAAGACAGAGGAGGCGAGUUUCUACAAUGUGACGGCAUGCUGUGUGGAAGCAGACCUGAACGACGUGUGCUUCCCGUUGUGUUCGUACAAUGCCAACAUGUCAGACAUCAAGUCUUUGGCAGGUAUUUGUGGUAGUGAACUCCACAAGCUGUUGCGAUGUGGAGCUGGCGGAAGGAAUCAUGGCUCCUGCUGUUCCCGCCGCGGCGUGCCAAACACCUGUCUUUCCAUCUGCUCUGGUGUAAUUGUGGACUCACUCAUUGCAACGGCCACUGCUUGCAUCCCCUUCAUUGGAAACAUUGUCCAGUGUUUUGAAGAAGGAACGGGUUUGCUUCCUGGUCCUGUGUCAGAGCUGCAUGCUACGUCGGUAACCAACACAAGUGUUGCCCUGCAGUGGGAACCUCCUACAGAUGGCAGUAAUGUUACUGACUAUGUGAUCCAUUACCAGAAAUUAGACAACACUUCCAUACAUGAGACUGUUCAGAAGCUUAGUCAUCAACUGAGCCUGUCUGACACAAGAUUUGAAAUCUCUGGUCUUGAAACAGGGGCCAUGUACAACUUCUUUGUGGUGUCAAAGAACAUGCACGGAACAUCUCUACCUUCCUCGAUUCUCAUGAUCAAUGUCACUAACACAGUACUGGAUGACAAGGGUAUCCCCGGAGUAACAUCGCCGCCUCACUCACUAGCUGUCUCCAGUCAUAGUGCGACCUGGGUCACGAUAUCUUGGCAGCCACCAGAAUUCAGCCAGCCAGCUGAACACCUUUCUUACAAACUGUAUCACAAGUCCACUGCUGAUGAUGAAUAUCAUGCUGUAAUGACAAGUGUGACAUCACAUACGAUUGAAGGACUCAACCCGAACACCCAAUACAUUGUGUAUGUUACUGCCAUUUCUGAAAAGGGGCAGAGUUUGCCUUCAGAAACUCUGAUUGCCUGGACUGAUCCUGCAUACCCAGCAUUUGUGGAGCCUCCGACAGUCCACCCCAUCAAUUUGGUGAUGGAAGGCAGUAGCAUGACCAUCCUCUGUAUUGCCAUGGGAACACCAAUGCCAACGAUUUCCCUCUAUAUAUCAGGAAGACUCGUACGCCAGGAGACAACACGUCACAUGGUGACUGUUAUUCAUAAUGUCACCAAAGAUAUGGACCAGAUUUCUUGCUAUGCUGACAAUGGUUAUGGAACUCCUAUGCAAGCAUCAAGAAAAAUUGCAAUCAGCCACCAGCCACACAUCACAGCAUCUGGCAUUACAAUGGCAUCUCACGGUGAUUCUGUUGUGCUGGAAUGCACGGUUGGUGCUUAUCCAGACCCAAAAAUGAUAUUCUGGCGUGACCAAAGUGGCCGGGUGCCUGUAAUCCAGGGUGGCAAAUAUGAUAUCAAUAUUCAACCAGCGAAAGAUGAAGAAGCUAAGUAUAUAAUGCGUUUGACUAUCAACAAGAUAAGUGAUUCAGAUGAUGGUGACUAUUUCUGUCAUGCAGAGAAUGCAUUCGGAAGUGGCACACAACCAGUAUCUGUGAGGAUUCGUAAUAUGGCUGCUACAAACAAUGUAACCCAAUGUUGCAUAGAACAGAAUGUGACGGCUGAGUGUAUGGAUGCCUGCUCCUUCUAUCUCGAUAUUGACGCAGUUAUCGAUAAACCAGAAUGUAUUAAUGACUUUGAUAAACUUAUGAAAUGUGCUGCAGAUGGUUCUGAUCAUCGCAGCUGUUGUGCACAAUGGGGAGUGCCACGUCGUUGUCUUGACUGGUGUCGGGGUGAACCUCUCUUUAACAAUAAGUUCUGUGUGUUAUCUUACACCAAACAGAUCAUGUCAUGCUUUCAUGAAGGGAGAGAUCGCUUGCCCGGACCACCACAGAAUGUCCAUAUUGAGUUGGUUGAUGCAAAAUCUGUGCGUGUAAGAUGGGAUCCACCAGUCAAGAAUCCCAACACUGUUGAAAUAUACAGAGUUUUCUGGAGGCAGUUAGGUUCUCGCAGUGCAACUAAAAAUGACACUAAAGCGACAAGUCUGCGCAUUACAGGUUUGAAAGAUGGGUCAACGUAUGAGUGUGUUAUUAAAGCAGGAAAUCAUCUAGGUACCAGCACAUUAACAGAACCUGUUCGCUUCACGAUUGGUGACAAAUACAUCACAUCUGCUGCUAGUUUAGGCAAUGACAGUUCUUCUGUAGGUGUGGCUGUAGGAAUUGUUCUAGCUCUUAUCAUUGUUGCUGCCAUCGUUAUCGGUGCCGUUUGGUUUAUGCGGACGAGACGCAUGUUGGGUCGCAAGUCAUCUGGAGGAGUUGCAUUUGAGAAUCCCAGCUAUUUGCGUGAGGUUAACAUGGACCAUAUACAGAUUCCUGCAAGUCAGAAUGACAGUGCAGUGUCCAAUGGGACUGCCAAUGGUGUGAAUCCUGCAGGUAGUCAUAUGCAGGCUCAGCAGGGCUGGAAGCAAGAGACUCUGCAUGUCCCAGCCCAAGCAACAGAAGUUGCUCCAUCCUUGUAUGAAGAACUGAAGCUCGGUCAGGAUGGUGCUGGCUUCAAACGGCUUAAAUAGUAUCAGGAAUUUCGAUAUGAAUCCAGAUUCUAAGAAACAGAUCUGAUGUGAUUUUUAUAAGUAGUGCAAAUGCGAUAUUAAUGGACACAGCUGAUAAGUGACUGGAAUCGCAGAUUGCAUUUUAUCACAUCAUUGAAUGUGUUUGUUCUUUCUGUCUUUUUAAAGACAGGUGAAGACCUUAAAGCAGCAGUUUCAUAAUUGUACUGUGUCAAGAAUAAAAGUUACAGAGUUGCAUCAGUAUUUAUUGAAAUUAAUCAUUUAUCACACAAAAUUCUUAAAUAAUUUUGACUUACAAAGUUAUGGCAGAAUUUUAUGAGUGAUAAAAGUUUAACAUUUGCCUGUUUUGCAAUCCAGGAUACACAUUCUUAACGACUAAAAAUCUGUGCUUGCAGGCGCACAAAUAUUUCUCAGAAUGUGCCACUUUUAGAUAUGUCUAAUCUUUUAUUCUGAACACAAAACUUGUAUCACUUUUAAAGAACAAACAAGAAAAUUGUUUUUAUAGAUUGAAGAUUGUAUUAACCUGAGUCCACUAUAAGUGGGGACAGUGCACAUGGUGCUGUAUAUGUAAGGAAAAGAUGUGAAUAUAAUAAACUGUGUUACAAAGUUAUGAGACGCAGGCAAAAAAUUGACAAAUACAUUUGUAGACUGCUUAAUUUUGUACAAAAAUAUAUGAUGAUGUGGACAAUGAAUCCGUAACACCUCACUCAGUGUGUUUUAGUCAAAGCUUGUACUAAAUGUUGAUUGCGUGAGGCAUUGGAUGAGUUGUGUUAUAACAGUGGUUGCAGAUGUUCACAUGUCAAGGCACAGCUGAUUUAGCAAUAGGUCUAGGUGUUAGCUAACCAAAAAAUGUGGUGUUAAAAUACCUGUAAUUAAUUUUAUAUCUACAGUGCUUCAUUAUUAAUUACUACAAAAUUCAUUCUUUACACAGGGAUGAUUUGUGUGGUUGUGAUUACAGAAUAUAUGUCGCAUGAAGUAAAAGUGUACACAGCUCUGAUGAACGACCGUAUUGCUGUCACACUACAUUUUUAUUUGCUUUUAGAUAAAGUGCAGUUUUCCAACACUAUUUGUAAAUAAUAAGGAGGUGCAUGGAGUGAUUGUUUCAAUACGGGCCAGACGCAGUACCUCACGUCAUAAGGAAUGCCUAUUCUUUCAUUUAGGCAUAUAUUAUUUUCUGUCUAUAUGUUUAUAUUGUUUUUACAUUAUAUCCACUACAUUCCUGUAAGUACCACAUAGUAUUACGUAUAAUAUAUCAUUCCAUUGGCAAUGUUCUUUGUGUACUGUACCACUUUGAAAGUAUCGGCCAGAAUGACAUAUCGUUUCCAUGCAGAAUGUGUGCCUUUCAGAUUCAUAAUAAUAUUAAUAAUAACAAUAUAAUAAUAAUAAUAAUAAUAUAUAAGAACAAGAAUUAAACCUUGUAACUGAGAAAUCAGAAUUAAGCUUGUUAAUUCACCUAAAAAUCUUACAGCAUACAAAAGACCACUUUAGAAAAUUAUAGGAAAUAACAAAAAUAAACAUACAUUGGGACUCAAAGUAGUUGAAAUGUGAUUGUCUUGUACAUGUGUUUGUAUGUUUGGGGAAAUUAUCUUUUGUACAAUAUAGAUUAAUAAUAGAUUUAAAGAAAAGAGUUGUAAAAUUAUUGUAAAAGUGUCAAAGUAAAUAAAAAAUAGUCAUUUUUCCCAAGA